CUCGUCAAUCAGAUCCAGUUGCGCGCCAGCAUCCCGUAUUCAUCAAUCAUCUCAACACAACACCGUCUCGUGAAUCCAUGAGCGCACGAUCUUGCCUCCGAGUCUAGUUCCACUUUGCGAAAAUGGACUCUCCGGCCAAAAACGAUGCUUAGCGUCCUGGCGGCAAGAUGGGUGAUGGAAACCAUCAGUCCGCUCACAGCGAUCACCAAGGGAACCAACAGGGCUCCCAAGUUCACCAGCAAAGUCCUGGUCAACACGACAUUCCCCAUCGCGAGAAUGUCAACAACUUAGUACCUGUACCCAUGAAUUUCCCCCAGAACCAUCACCAGCAAAAUUCUGGCCAACAUUGCAACCCCUCUGCCCAAACUGUCGCCAACCCCUCCCGCCAAACUCUCACCAACCCACCCAUCAACUUCCCCCAGCACCUUCACCCCGAUCCUGGUUUUGACGACAUGUAUGCCGACGGCCUUUUAGACGAUAUGCCCGAUCAUUUUGAUCCUCUCCCGGGCCAUAAUCCCUUGUUUGGCAACAGUCUCUUUGACGACAACAGCCUCUAUGUCCCCGGCCAUCUUGUGGGACAGCCUCAGCAUUAUCAACAAGGAGAGCAGUAUCUUGCCAACCAGCACCUCUACCAGGAUAUGAUGAGCUACAAUGGUGCCCUUUAUCAACAGCAACCUCACCCCUUUGGCGCCCAACAAUUCCAGGAGCCUGCUAUCCCUCAGAAUUUCCCCAUUCCCAACGGUUCCGUUUACGGAGCUCAACACCCCAUCAUGGACCAACAGCUUCAGGGACAGGUCCAUGUCCCUAUCCAGCACCAGGCUGCUUUCCAACAACAGGCCCCUAUCUAA